CGUGUACAAGUACAUUUCGUACAUGUACAUAACUUUUUCAUGGAAUGCUGAGGGAUAUGGCAAUAAAUAUCGAAUUUCUGCCUCGUAGAACGAAAAAAUAUAUAUUUGAUGGUGGACAAGUGCAGCAUAAAACUGAUAACUUGAGAAAAUCUUGACCAGAUACUUCCGAAUUUUCAAGGAUAAGAAAAUAAACGUCAAAAUGCUGAAGACUGGGUCAUUGAGAAUGAGAUUUUCAAUUUCAUUGUUGUUGGUGCAAAAAUGUCAAACUCAGCAUGGCUACGGCAAGCUUAUGGCCUUUCUGGGCAGACGGUCAUACACGGACGAUGUUUGGUACAGAACCCAAGACAGUCCAAGAACAGUCACAUCUUUUUUCAAUCAAGGUGCCAUCGACUUGGUUGCUGCUAAGUCAUCAGUACGCCUAACUCCUACAACAAUGUUGUACUCUGGAAAAAGACCAGAUGGGACACACAUCUUGAGAAGUGCCCAGUACUUACACAAGGAGCUGCCAGUCAGAAUUGCACACAGAGUUGCUGGAUUUCGAGGAUUACCAUUUAUUGUUGGUUGCAAUCCAACCGUGCUAUCAGUCCAUGAAAUGUACAUCAAGGCAUUUAACCGACUUUAUGAAUUCCCACCAGUGUAUGAUGCAGAUCAAGAGAAAGAGUACAGUCAGCUGCUUCGUGAUUUGCUUGAGACGCACAAAGAUGUUGUCACACUUCUUGCUGAAGGAUUCAAGGAGUCUCUGAAGCAUAUCAAGGAUGAUAGCAUGGUGAAAAACUUCCUGAACCGUACGCUGACAUCUCGUCUUGGUAUUCGCAUGUUGGCUGAACAUCACCUGGCACUCCAUGAAGAAAAGGCCAAUUUCGUAGGAAUCAUCAAUGUGAACUUCUCACCCAAGGCCCUAAUAGAGAAGAAAGCUGAGUAUAUAAGACAAGUGUGUGAGGAAAAGUAUGGGCGAGCUCCAAACGUCCGCAUCAAUGGCCAUCUGAACUGUGUGUUUCCAUACAUUCCUCCGCCGCUGGACUACAUAUUAGGCGAAUUGUUAAAGAAUGCUCUCAGAUCCACAGUUGAGGCCCAUGUAGACCAACUUCAUAGUUUGCCAGAUGUCGUGGUGACAAUCGCUAACAAUAACGUGGAUUUCGUUAUAAGAAUCUCUGAUCGUGGGAAUGGCAUCCCUCACGAUAUAGUCAACAAAGUUUGGGAGUAUCAUUUCACAACAGCUGGUCAGAAUGAGGAUAGCCGUGUGAAUCGGGGGUUAUUCGGAGAGAUUGUUGAAGAUCGCCAUACUAGUCAAAUGCAUGGAUUUGGUUUUGGACUUCCAGCGUCACGUGCAUAUGCUCAGUAUCUUGGCGGAUCAUUGACGUUAGAAAGCUUGCAGGGCAUCGGAACUGACGUCUUCCUUCGUCUGCGACACAUUGAUGGAAAACAGGAGAGCUUCAGAAUAUAAGACUCCGUCAUAUAAUCUAUAACAUUUUUUCACACCGUACCGUCUCUCAGGCAGACUUACAUGUACAUGAAUAGUAAAUCAUUGUAGCAUUUAAACGGUCAGUUUGCACUAAAUUAAAAGUCAUUGUUGAAUUCUUGUGGUCGGUCAACUUUUUCACAAGUGUACUCUUUACCUUCGCCCAGAAAGUGUGCUGUGCCAAAGAAUUGUUUAUUUCCACAUCCACAGUUUCCAUUGUGCGCUAGUGUGUACAGAGACUGCUAUGUCUUGUCAUGUAGGCAUUGCCUUUUUACCCUCUGACUGGUGGAUGUCGGCUGGAAUAAAAAUUGCCUGUCUUCGAUUGGCUUUAAAUCCAAUCUCAAUGGUUUCUUUAUGUUCGUUUAUUUAGAAACCGCUAUAUGUUCUGGGUUUCCAGUUUCAAGUGCAUUUUAAAACAGCAUUUCUGACAUUUUACUAAGUACAUAGGAACAGAAAUUUUAAUUUAUAGAGAGGCAAAGAUCAAAAUAGAAUACAAAACACAUGAUGAAAUAGUAAACUGUAAGUACUCGGCCAAGUUGAGUAGAUGAUAUGGAUUGAUGAGAGGACAGUACUGUAGGCUUGCACAGAGUGUAUCUUAGAAUGUUUCUUAGAAUGGUAUACAUGUAUAUUCCUUACAUAUACAUAGUUUACUUCAUUGUCCAGGUCUUUUGUUGCCAUAGGUUUGCCACAAGUUUUUUUAUCCUGCAUUUCUUUGCAAUUCUGUUUGCAUUAACCUUUAAAAAUGUUAUGUAUCGUGGAACUGUCAUCUGGUAUCCAAUAAUGAGUCACAGGGACAUGUUCCUGUGGUCAUAUUGACUGUCUAUCAAACAAAAAUGUUUUGCAGAUUCUAAACCCUGUUAUUAAGUAUCAUAUUGUUGUUUGCUUGAAGAUUGAGUACAUGUAGCUCAGUGAUAGGAGAUAGGGGGUCCAAUGGGUAGUAUCCAGGUGACUAAAGCUCCCUACUCUAGUUUGUCAAAUAACCAUUCCCUUUACGAGUGGGAAUAAUGCCAAUGUACUGUGAGAUAAUAUAGACACUUAUCAGUGACAUCAUGCAACUUUUAACUUGGUCCAUCUAGUCUCACUUUAUAACAAAUGAUGCCACCUCACUCUUAAAAGAACAGUAUUUCCUUGAUUAUACAAAUUUGAUUUGAUUUGAUACUUAAGUUAAUCAUUUUGAUGGCUCAAACACAAUCACAGACUAUUCUAAACCGUAAGUGUAUUGUAUAACUUGUAACCAUUUGUUUAGACUUUAAUUUUGGCUGUAUUUGUCUCCCUGUCCCCCACUGCUUAUGAACUUGCCAAGAACAUGGGAAUGUGUUCUUGAGUCUUGUAUGCAAAGUCCAUGUUCAUUGUUGUUGGUGUGGGUAGGCCUAGUCACAUUGAGGGAGGGGUUGAACAUCGCUUUUUAGCUCACCUCUUAGCAGAGGUGAGCUUAUCCCAUACCGUGGCGUCCGUCGUCCGUCGUCGUCGUCGUCGUCGUCGUCGUCGUCGUCGUCGUCGUCCGUCGUCGUCCGUCGUCCGUUAGCAGGGCACGUUUCGUAACUGUUAGAGCUAUUGAGUUGAAACUUGGUACACAUGUACCCUUAUGUAAUGACACCUGGGAGACCAAGUUUCGGUCCGAUUCGUUUCAUGGUUUGGCCACCAGGGGGCCAAACGUUAAAAGUGAAAAUAUGCAAUAUCUCCCUUAAUAGUAGUCGGGAAAUUUUGAAAAAAAUAUGGUAGGUACUUCUAGCAAAGGUGCAUCAUAUAUCCUCCGGGUUUUUGAUUUGACCUCCUUUUUCAAGGUCACAGAGGUCAAAUGGUGUAAAUUGGCCGUUAGGAUGUAACGAUGGCACGUUUCUAAACUGCAAUGACUAUUGAUACCAAAUUUGGUACACAUUUACCCCUUAGUCAGGUGAUCUCAGGGACCGAAGUUUGGUGCAAUAUGAUUCACCACUUGACCACCAGGGGGCAAAAUCCAAAAACCUUAAAAAUGUGAUUAUUCCUUAACUUCUUGCCCGAUUGCCACCAAUUUGAUAUCAUGGGUACAUCUAACCAUCAUACAGUAUAUGUCACACAGGUUUUUAAUUUGACCUUCUUGUCAAGGUCACAGAGGUCAAAUGGCGUAAAUUCGCUGUCAGGCCGUAACUAUGGCACGUUUCUUAACUGCAAUGACUAUUGAUCACAAAUUAAGUACACAUUUACCCCUUGGUCAGGUGAUCUCAGGUACCGAAGUUUGGUGCGAUCUGAUUUGCCGUUUGGCCUCCAGGGAGGGGGCCAAAUCCUAAAUUCCUCAAAAUGCCAUUAUUCCUAGUAAUGACUUGCCCGAUUGGCACCAAUUUUAUAUCAUAGGUACAUCUAAUUCUAACAACCAUUCAAUGUGUCACCCGGGUCUUCUUUGAUUUGACCUACUUUUCAAGGUCACAGAGGUCGAAUGUACUGUAAAUUGGCCAUUUUGGGGAAAUUGUAAUUGCUUGGACCUACAUCAAACCUAACACUACAUGACACAAGACCAUGCUCUUUAUCUAUCUUUCCUCCACAUGAGGUGAGCACAAUGGCCCUGGCCAUUUCAUUUACGUACAAAAACAGAUUACUUAGAGUUAGAAAUCUUCUGACAAAAUCCUCCUCAUUUUUGCAAAAGGUUUAGUUUGUUCAUGAACAGGGAGUCAAAUACAGCCAUUGAAUAUGGUAGUUGAUUAACUUUACUAUGAGAAAAAAACCUACAUGUUGUUAUGUAAAAUAUUACAUGUAUGUUAGAUCGACUACAUUGGAGCAUCAGAAAUUUCUCAGGUGUAUUCAUCUUUAAAACAGGCUAAAAACUGUGUGUGCAGUAGGUCUGGACAUGGUUGUUCAAAACAUGUUAGUACUAACUAACUUGAUACAAACUUUACCUUGGCAAAAAGUCUGGUCACCUGUUGCGUAUGGUCAAGUUCGUGAAUGACUUGUUUUGAAAAACCAGGCCCUGGCAUCCCAUUCCAACAAUUUACGAUACCAAGGUUUCAUCAGAGCGGUCGGUGUACUACUGUUGAACAAUUAUAUAGAUAUAUAUUGAAUAUAAAAUUGACUGUUGAAACAGUAUGUGUUCGAAUAGUCAAUAUUCGAGGAUGUUUAUGCAGUAUUUUUGCUACCACGAGGUUGUGUGUGUGUGCAUUCAGUCGGCACCUUUGGCUAUGACAAUUUAGGGUGUGGGAUUUUAUGCUAACAAAAUCUGAAAAAUUUGUAGUCAAAUUGCUGUCAUGUACUGUAGCAGCGACAGCAAACUAUAUCAACAUUGUCAAGGGUUUAUAUGUAGAUCUCGAAUGUUAAAAUAAAUAUAUUGGUUGGAAUCUAA